AGAGAAGGAAGCAUUAACCGCCGGUGAUACAAGUUUUCAUUUUGGAUGGAACAAAUUUCUCCAAAAUCCAUACAAAUUCAAUAAGAAACUUUAUUAAUAACAAAUUAAAACUACUCGAUUCAACUCAGUUAUACAUCAGUAUAAACCGUCACGCUCGUUCAUCUUUCCCCAUCGAUAUCGCUCGCCGGGAAUAUCCGGCACUUUCUCGAAUUAGGCGGGAACUAAAACCCCAUUUUCGUCUGCGUAUCGAAAGGAACUCGAAAAUUAAUGGAAUCGGAAUCUCUGACGCCAGAAUGGGGAUCUCAGCCUUGUAUCAUGGGAAUCGACGAAGCCGGGAGGGGUCCUGUUCUAGGACCAAUGGUGUAUGGAUGCUUGUACUGUCCCAUUUCCUACCAGUCUUCCCUAGCUUCUCUCCAUUUUGCAGAUUCAAAGACACUAAAAGAGGAGAAGAGAGAAGAGUUAUAUGAGAAUUUAAAGCUUGACAAGUCACUUGGAUGGGCUGUUGAUGUCAUUGGUCCAAGGGAACUCUCUGCUAAAAUGCUCGCAAAAAACAAGAUUAAUUUAAACGACAUCUCACAUAACUCUGCAAUGGGUCUCAUCAAACAGGUUCUAGACAUGGGAGUUCUUCUGACAGAGGUUUAUCUAGAUACCGUGGGAGAUCCAGAGAAGUACAGGAUAAAAUUGUGUGAGAGGUUUUCUUCGAUCAAGUUUGUCGUUUCGAAGAAAGCUGAUAGUCUAUAUCCUGUAGUUAGUGGGGCAAGUAUUGUUGCCAAGGUGACAAGAGACAGAGCGUUGAGAGGAUGGUUGAUAGAGGAAACCGGAGUAGAUAUAAAUAGAAAGUUUGGUUCUGGAUAUCCAGGAGAUCCUGAGACAAAGGCAUGGUUAGAGCAACACAAGACUUCUGUGUUUGGAUUCCCUUCACUGGUCCGUUUCAGUUGGGGAACUUGCACUACACAUUUGAAGGGAGAGGUUGAAGUUGCAUGGGAAUCAGAUGAAGCCGAGGAGAGUGGUAAAGGAAAUAGCAGCAAGAGGCAAGCGAAGCUAAGCAGAUUUGGGUUUACAACUUGUGAGAGUAGGAGUGAAGAAUUGGAAUCGAGCGGCAAAGGGCGUUGCAAAUUUUUUCAGGCUCGCAAAAUCCAACAAAUCACUCAGUUUUAGUCUCAUGAAAAGACUGAAUCCAGCAGCUUCUUGUGAUAUCUCUAAUGAUCUCUUGUUUUGAUUCACUUGAUGAUUGUUGUUUAGUUAGCUUUUUUCCUUAGUUCUUUCUCCUUAUUACUGAACCUCUGUACUUGUUUGUGGGGAUGCUAUUAUAGGCUUUUUCGCCUGUUCUAGCCCGGUCCAUUUUAACCUGCCACCGUUGAGAAUUAAAUUAGUAGAAAUAUAAGAUUAACGUAUUGCAACUAUUAUUUUUUUGGCCACAGGUAUUGCAACAAUUUGUA